UCUUCUACUAUCUUCUAUCCCAUCACCAACCACCAACCACAAAACACCAAACCACACCCCACCACCAAGCAUCCGACCUCCAGACCUUGUCAAAAACAACAGCGCAGACUGGACUAAGUCCACGUCGGUGCCAGGCCGCACCACACCCACACACCGAACACCACACACACUACCUUUCCCCCAAAAGGCGAUCACAAAAUGCCCGACUCCCCACCACCACCACCACCACCACCACCACCACCACUAGAGUCCACCUCCCACCGCUCCCGCUCCCGCUCUCGCUCCCCACCCCGCCAGCCCAAGAAAUCCUCCACCGGCGGCUUCCGAUGGAAGGAGAAGCGUCCCGAGCGCGGGGGGCACCGGGACCGCGAGGGGGGCGGCGGCGGCGAGGACGCCCGACGGCUGGAUCGGGGGUACCGCGCGCGGUCGCCGCGGCGGGAGUACGAUCCCCGGGAUCGACGGGAGUACUCGAGUCGAGACGAUGGACGGGAUGCGAGGGAUCGCGAUCGUGAGCGUGAUCGGGGCUACGGCUACCGCGAUCGAGAGAGGGACUACCCCCGCGACCGCGACCGCGACCGCCGCGACAGCUACCAGCCCCGAGAUCGAGAUAGGGACGACCGGACCCGUGACCGCGACCGCGAGAGCUACAACCCCCGCGCCCGCGACCGACCCGAAAACCCCACUGCGACCUCCACCGACAACUCCCUACCGAAAGAGAAGAAGGAGAAGAAGAAGAAGAAGCGGCCGGCCAUUCCCUCCGAGCCCAUGAUCCUGGUGCAUGUGAAUGACCGGCUGGGCACGAAGGCCACGGUGCCCUGCUUGCCGUCGGAUACGGUGGGGGAUCUGAAGACGCUGGUGGCGGCGCAGAUUGGCCGGGCGCCGCGCGAGAUUCUGCUGAAGCGGCAGGGGGAGCGGCCGUUCAAGGAUUUCAUCAGUCUGGGGGAUUAUGGGAUUACGAAUGGGGUGCAGUUGGAUUUGGAGAUUGGGACGGGGGAUUAGUUCAGUUGUUGGUUGUAUCGUAUAUUGGUUCUCGGUGGUGGACAGACAGGCUAGAGGAUAAUCUGAUGUGU